GGAGGUCCCGGAGGAGGACUGGAGAUGUCCUGUCUGUGCCGCCUCCUGCUCACAUACCUGUUCCUGGCCCUCCUGCUUUACGGGCUGGGAGCGGGUUCUGCCCUCCUUCAUCCAGACAGCAGAUCGCAUCUUAGGUCCUUAGAAAAAAGUUCCUGGAGGGCGUUCAAGGAAUCACAAUGUCAUCAUAUGCUCAAACACCUCCACAAUGGUGCAAGGAUCACUGUGCAGAUGCCACCAGCGAUCGAGGGCCACUGGGUUUCUACUGGCUGUGAAGUGAGGUCAGGCCCAGAGUUCAUCACAAGGUCUUAUAGAUUCUACCACAAUAAUACCUUCAAGGCCUACCAGUUCUAUUAUGCUGGCAACCGCUGCACAAGCCCCACCUACACCCUCAUCAUCCGGGGCAAGAUCCGCCUGCGCCAGGCCUCCUGGAUCAUCCGUGGGGGCACAGAAGCCGACUACCAGCUGCACAACGUCCAGGUCAUCUGCCACACGGAGGUGGUUGCCGAGAAGCUGAGCCAGCUGGUGAACCGCACGUGCCCCGGCUUCGUCCCUGCCGGUGGUGCCUGGGUACAGGAUAUGCCCUAUGACCUCUGGCGGGAGGAGGAUGGCUGUGAGUGCACCAGGGCCGUGAACUUCGCCAUGCAUGAGCUGCAGCUCCUCCGGGUGGAAAAGCAGUACCUGCAGCACCACCUGGACCGCCUGGUGGAGGAACUCUUCCUCGGUGAUAUCCACACCGAUGCCUCCCAGAGGACUUUCUACCGGCCGUCCAGUUACCAGCCUCCCCUGCAGAAUGCCAAGAACCACGACCAUGCCUGCAUAGCCUGUCGUAUCAUCCACCGGUCAGAUGAGCACCGCCCACCCCUCUUGCCCCCCAAGGCUGACCUGACUGUUGGCCUGCAUGGUGAGUGGGUGAGCCAGCGCUGUGAGGUUCGGCCCGAAGUCCUCUUCCUCACGCGCCACUUCAUCUUCCACGACAACAAUAACACCUGGGAAGGGCAUUACUACCACUACUCCGACCCCGUCUGCAAGCACCCUACCUUCACCAUCUACGCCAAGGGCCGCUACAGCCGGGGCGUGCACUCCUCCAGGGUCCUGGGAGGAACAGAGUUUGUAUUCAAAGUGAAUCACAUGAAGGUCACCCCCAUGGAUGCGGCCACAGCCUCGCUCCUCAACGUCUUUAAUGGGAAUGAGUGUGGGGCUGAGGGCUCCUGGCAGGUGGGCGUCCAGCAGGAUGUAACACACACCAAUGGCUGUGUGGCUCUGGGAAUCAAACUACCUCACACAGAAUACGAGAUCUUCAAAAUGGAACAGGAUGCCCGCGGCCGCUAUCUGCUGUUCAAUGGCCAGAGACCCAGUGAUGGGUCCAGUCCCGACAGGCCCGAGAAGAGAGCCACGUCCUACCAGAUGCCCUUAGUGCAGUGCGCUUCCUCUGUGCCCCGAGCCGAGGACUUCUCCGAGGACCACAGGGCUCACCAGUAUGGGAGCCAGGCAUCUGGGAGGAGCCCUUGUCCCCAGCUCCUUGCUGCACUCACCUGCCUUUUGACUCUGCUGCACUGGAAUGUUCUCAGAUAGACAUUUUUAAAGAGUUAUAUUUUUCCAAAACAGGAUUCCUUACAAUUUACAGAUUUUUCCUUACGAAAAGAAAGGACACUUCCGAUGCACUUGAGUACCCAAGAGCUGUCAUUCCUUUUCUUCUCUGCCUCGCCCCUCCCUCCCAGCCUGAGUCAUGAGCAGCUCUGUUUGAAGUUUCUGCCUUGAACUCUGUCCAGUCAGAUCCCUGACCUGGGCACCUUCACAAUAAUUGCACUUUAAGACCACAGAGUGUUUUGGUCUAGUGUGUUUGGUAGAGGGAGCAGAGUGAAAGCUACGUCCUCUUCUUUUCUUCCUCUUUAUUAUUAUAUUUCUGAGUUGAACUUAGAAGAAACAAACAACAAGCUACAGCUUUUCCUGCCAUUUUACUGUGAUCGCUUCCUGUCCUCCUUUGAAACUGUUUUCCUCUCUGAGUUUUACAACCUGUAAUUCAGUGCAGAUUUGGUUUGGGACUUGAUCAAGACACCAUUUAUUAAUAAAGAAGAGACUUGGGUGUAGAUAUGUACAUAGGAAAAGACAUCCGGUUUAGCUUAACCACCUUGACAGCCUUUAUGAAAAAAAGGAGAGAAUCCAAACUUUCCAGUGUUGAGUGGAAUAGUACCUGUAAUUAAAGUUUCAAAGUAAUUUAAACUAUUGUUGUUUUAGCUUGUUGGGAAAAGAAAUGGUGGUUAGAUGCUGGGUUCUGGGUGGUUGGGGAAUGCAUGGUGCUUUCCUACCUGCUCAGGAGACAAGUGUGGCCAAGCAAAUAUCAAAAGCAGUGCUGUUACCGGAUAGAUAGGAGCAGUGAUGCAUGGUGUAGUGACCAUGUGUUAAACGUGAAUGAUAAAGUACCCAUUGAUUCCUUAGUUUCCUCUCCAUGGGACCCUCAUCCUGACUUAUUCUGUAUCUGGUCAGGGAUGAGCAGAUGGCGCUUCACUCUGGCAGCUCUGCUACCUUCAAAGAUGAAUACUUAGAGACCACACUUUGAUGUUUAAGGGCCUGGCUGUUCAAAGAGUGCAGAGGGGGCUACCAGACUAGGUGCUCCAAUAGGCCCUCAACUUGCAUGAAACCCAGGCUUUGUGUACAGUCUCUUUACCUUCAGUCAUGCCAGCUUGACUCAGUUUCUGUCCUGCCAUUGCAUUGGCUCUGUCACUACAGAGAACCUCAGGGUCACCUUAUACAGACUAAGUGAGCUUCUUUCUCACAGACAUCGGGAGGUGCAUGAGUUAUGUCUGCCCAUUACUUUGGAUUAUUACAAAUGGUGCUAUCUGAACACAAAGUGUUAUUGCCAGUAGAGACUGAUGGAGGGAAGUGGUGAGUAACUAAAAUCUUGGAUGUAACUAAAAGUGGACAUGGAAACCAAGAUCAAGGUCCAAGAGUUAUACUUGUAUUUAAGAAAUAAAUUUAUGAAAUGCUA